AUGUUCUCAUAUAUACAUGUAACAGUGCUUUUCUUUACCUCUUCACAGCAAUGUGUUUCAUGUGGCUGUAUUGUGAAAAGACGGUUUGACGUGGCCGAGAACACGGGUCGUGGUCAUCACCUGACCGGACGCAUUUGCCCCGAUUGUCGCUUGCACAGACCUGCCGAGUGUUAUUUGGUCAAUCUGAAUCUGUGCUCAGCGGUGGAAAAAGUCAUUCAUGGCAAGGGACAUAUUCGAAGCCCUCGGAAAGCGUUUAUGUUGGCACAGAAAAGUGCCGCACUGAAAUUGCUUCGUUCCCGUCGGAAAAGUGAACCGGAUCUGACCCAAUCGGAUAACAAUAACCAGUUCCCGAACGGUGCACCACUGUUACGUGAUGUGGUGGUCCACUUCUAUGAGCGACAACCGGAGAUGGGUUUGGCUGAGAUAUACAGAGUCGCGGCUGCUAUUCAAGCAGUGCAUGGGCGAAAACCGCUCCAGGACUCAAUCCGAUUUUGUCUGGCUCAAGAAAAUAACGCUGCCUACGCGAGCACGAACCCGGAUGCCUUCAGUGCACGAAACAUGGCUCUGAUACAUAGCCCCUGGUUCAAACGCAUGUUGCCCGCAUUUCGGAACAAUCCGUCGAUUUCAUUGACCAACGAAUCGGACAGUCCUGGCACUCCCGAGACUGAUUCCUCGGCAACUCUGAUCAUUGUGCUCGGCUCAUCCUUGCAAGUGUUACGUAACUAUGCAUUUUUGUGGCCUCAAGGCCUAGGAAGAUGUUUGAAUGAGACGAAACCUCGGCGCUCGACUGGUCGUAAAGGCAAACAAUCGACUGGGGAUCAAACAGAGUCGGGUAGAGAUGAUUUGAAUUCCAUCCUAUCGUCUUCGCCCACUCCAUGCACCGACUCACCAUCAAAAACCGAACGAUGCUCGCUGGCCAUUGUUAAUUUGCAGUCCACGUGUAAAGAUGGUGUGGCGGACAUUGUGAUACAUGCACCGUGCGAUGCAGUGCUACAAGUUGUGAUGUCGGAGUGUUUGAAUCUUUCCGUUCCUGCCUAUGAUCCACUUCGUGAUGAUCCGUUAUACAGUGAAGCCACAUUGCUCAAUCCGGACGAGGAGCAUACACGGACGAGGCCAGACAUUCCUUUCGAGUGUUUCGUCCCGGUAGACCAUCCAACCUGA